AUGGCCGUCGAUGUAACAUCAUCUGCCAAGCCAUUACAGACACCGAUUGAGAAGCCCUCUGAUACCUCACAAAUACCGCCUGCGGUAGAACUUACCGCUCCGCAAAAGGUUAAAUAUGAAGAUCUACUAAAGAUAGUAAAAUCAUGGAAAGAAAUCCCGAGUCGAUCAGGUAAAAAUGGCCCAGUCACUGAGAGCGAAAUUUUCUGGUUAACAAAGGAGUGUCUGCUCCGAUACUUGAGAGCAUCAAAGUGGGAUACUGCCAAAUCUGCUAAGCGUAUCCAAGGAACUUUAACAUGGCGACGUGACUUUGGUGUUGAGGAAAUUACCGGCGAUGGUAUCUCGUCCGAAAAUGAAACAGGCAAGCUGAUCCUACUCGGAUAUGAUCUAUUCACAAGACCUUGUGGCUACAUGUAUGCGGGUCGUCAGAAUUCGGAAGCUGGUCCACGACAGGUCCAAUUUGUUGUGUUUAUGCUGGAAAGGAUGAUCGAUUUUACUGAGGCAGGUCAAGAUACAUUGACUCUAAUCAUAAACCUGAGAACAAAAGCAACUGCAAUUCCGAGUCUUGGCCAAGCCAAGGAGAUCUUGGAUAUUAUCCAAACCCAUUACCCUGAGCGUUUGGGAAAGGCAUUUUUAAGCUCUUCGUGGAUGGUAGAUGGCUUCUUCAGGCUUCUAACACCAUUUAUUGAUCCCCAGACCCGUGAAAAGUUAGUGUUUAAUGGAGAUGCAAAAGAAAUAGUGCCAGUUGAGCAACUUUGUAAGGAUUUUCAGGGAGGUCUAGAAUUCGAGUAUGACCAUAAAAUCUACUGGCCUGCACUUCUCAAGCUCUGCGCAGAGAAAAGAGAUUUCAAAUGGAAACGCUGGGUCGAAGCAGGAAAAAACUAUGGGGAGAGCGAGUUCUAUCUUAAAGGUGGUAAUGAACUUAGUGUUUCUCAUCAAGAAAUAGAUAAAAAUGUAUAA